AUGGCCCGGCGCGAAGCGGCGGCCGUCCCCGGGCUCUGCCUGCUGCUGCUGCUGCUGCUCCGCAGUGGGGGGCUCUUCCCCCCCGCCGCCGCGCAGCCGCCGCCGCCGCCGCAGCGCGGGAGCGUGUGGUGCCCCAGCCGCUGCCUCUGCUUCCGCACCACCGUGCGCUGCAUGCAUCUGAUGCUGGAGAGCGUCCCCGCCGUGUCCCCCCAGACCACCAUCCUAGACCUAAGAUUUAAUAGGAUUAAAGAAAUCCAGCCUGGAGAGUUUAGAAGGCUUAAAAACCUGAACACACUGCUUCUAAACAACAAUCAAAUCAAAAGAAUUCCAAGUGGAGCAUUUGAAGAUCUUGAAAAUCUGAAAUAUCUCUAUUUGUACAAGAAUGAAAUCCAGUCAAUUGACAGGCAAGCAUUUAAAGGACUUGCCUCUCUAGAACAACUGUAUCUGCACUUUAAUCAAAUAGAAACGUUGGAACCUGAAUCCUUUACUCAUCUUCCAAAACUUGAAAGGCUGUUUUUGCAUAACAACAGAAUAGCUCAUUUGAUUCCUGGAACAUUUAGUCACUUAGAAUCUAUGAAGAGACUGCGUUUGGACUCAAACGCUCUUCACUGCGACUGUGAAAUCCUGUGGCUGGCGGAGCUGCUGAAGACGUACGCGGAGUCGGGUAAUGCUCAAGCAGCAGCCACCUGUGAGUAUCCACGGAGGAUCCAGGGAAGAUCAGUGGCUACCAUAACACCAGAAGAGCUGAACUGUGAGAGGCCAAGAAUUACAUCAGAGCCUCAGGAUGUGGACGUUACCUCAGGGAAUACAGUGUAUUUCACUUGCAGGGCUGAAGGCAAUCCUAAACCAGAAAUUAUCUGGCUUCGAAACAAUAAUGAGCUCAGUAUGAAAGAAGAUUCCCGUCUAAACUUGCUAGAUGAUGGCACGUUGAUGAUUCAGAAUACUCAAGAAACAGAUCAAGGCAUUUAUCAAUGCAUGGCAAAAAAUGUGGCUGGAGAAGUGAAAACUCAGGAAGUUACUCUUAGAUACUUUGAGUCACCAGCCCGGCCAAGUUUUGUGAUUCACCCACAAAAUACCGAAGUGCUGGUUGGAGAGAGUGUUACCUUGGAGUGCAGUGCCGCCGGUCACCCUCAGCCGCGAAUCACCUGGACCAAAGGCGACAGAACCCCUCUACCCAGUGACCCUCGUGUCACAAUAACUCAGUCAGGAGGACUUUAUAUCCAAAAUGUAAAGCAGGAGGACAGUGGCGAGUACACCUGUUUUGCAACUAACAGCAUAGAUAACAUCCAUGCGACUGCAUAUAUCAUAGUCCAAGCUCUACCUCAGUUUACUGUCACUCCACAAGACAAAACUGUGAUUGAGGGACAAACCGUUGACUUCCCUUGUGAAGCACAAGGUUAUCCCCAGCCUGUUAUUGCCUGGACUAAGGGAGGAGGCCAGCUGUCAGUUGACAGAAGACACUUAGUUCUGUCCUCUGGAACGCUGAGGAUUUCCAGGGUUGCUCUGCAUGACCAGGGGCAGUACGAAUGCCAAGCUGUCAACAUCAUUGGAUCUCAGCGAAUUGUUGUGUACCUGACUGUGCAGCCUAGAGUGACUCCUGUAUUUGCCAGUGUUCCCAGUGACAUGACUGUGGAGGUUGGCACAAAUGUGCAGAUCCCAUGCAGUGCUCAAGGGGAGCCAGAGCCAGUCAUUACGUGGAAUAAGGAUGGAGUACAGGUAACUGAGAGUGGAAAAUUCCAUGUUAGUCCAGAGGGAUUUCUCACCAUUCGCGAUGUUGGCACAGCCGAUGAAGGUCGCUAUGAAUGUGUUGCCCGCAACACCAUAGGAUACUCCUCUGUUAGUAUGGUGCUGAGUGUGAAUGUUCCUAAUGUCAGCCGAAAUGGAGAUCCUUUUGUACAAACGUCAAUUGUGGAAGCAAUUGCAACUGUUGACAGAGCAAUAAAUUCAACACGUACACAUCUGUUUGACAGUCGUCCUCGUUCUCCAAAUGACUUGCUAGCCUUAUUUCGAUACCCAAGGGACCCAUACACUGUUGAGCAAGCAAGAGCUGGGGAAAUAUUUGAAAGGACCUUACAGCUUAUUCAAGAUCAUGUACAAGAUGGUCUAAUGGUUGACCUGAAUGGCACAAGUUAUCACUAUAAUGACCUUGUAUCCCCACAGUACUUGAAUCUGAUAGCUAAUCUCUCAGGCUGUACAGCCCAUCGACGAGUGAACAACUGCUCAGAUAUGUGCUUCCACCAGAAGUACAGGACACAUGAUGGAACUUGCAACAACCUUCAGCAUCCCAUGUGGGGCGCUUCUCUGACAGCUUUUGAACGUCUGUUAAAGUCAGUCUAUGAAAAUGGAUUUAAUUUGCCCCGGGGAAUUGAACCCAGAAGACUCUCUAAUGGCUAUGCUCUCCCAAUGCCUCGCUUGGUUUCAACGACUCUGAUCGGGACCGAAACCGUAACUCCUGACGACCAGUACACUCACAUGCUCAUGCAGUGGGGUCAGUUUCUUGACCAUGACCUUGACCUCACGGUUGCUGCGCUAAGUGAGGCCAGGUUUUCAGAUGGUCAGCACUGCAGUUCUGUGUGUACAAAUGAUCCUCCAUGCUUUUCAAUCAUGAUACCACCAAAUGAUCCCAGAGUUAGAAAUGGUGCGCGGUGCAUGUUUUUUGUACGCUCCAGCCCAGUUUGUGGAAGCGGCAUGACAUCUCUCCUGAUGAAUUCUGUAUACCCACGAGAACAGAUCAACCAGCUGACUUCAUACAUUGAUGCGUCCAACGUGUAUGGCAGUUCAGACCAUGAAGCGCUAGAAAUCAGAGAUUUGGCAAGUCAAAGGGGUCUUCUGAGGCAGGGCAUUGUACAGAGAUCUGGCAAGCCCCUUCUUCCAUUUGCCACUGGCCCACCAACAGAAUGUAUGAGAGAUGAAAAUGAGAGCCCAAUACCCUGCUUUUUGGCUGGUGAUCAGCGCUCUAACGAACAGUUGGGUCUUACCAGCAUCCACACACUGUGGUUUAGAGAGCACAACAGAAUUGCCACAGAGCUACUGAAACUCAAUCCACACUGGGAUGGUGACACAAUAUAUCAUGAAACACGCAAAAUUGUUGGUGCAGAAAUGCAACACAUAACAUUUAGCCACUGGCUCCCUAAGAUCUUUGGAGAGGUAGGCAUGAAGAUGCUUGGCGAAUAUAAGGGUUAUGAUCCCAGUGUUAAUUCUGGCAUAACUAAUGAGUUUGCAACUGCCGCUUUUAGGUUUGGUCACACACUCAUUAAUCCUUUUCUGUAUCGACUGGAUGAAAACUUUGAACCUAUUCCACAAGGCCAUCUACCUCUUCAUAAGGCAUUCUUCUCUCCAUUUCGGAUUGUAAAUGAAGGAGGCAUUGAUCCACUUCUAAGGGGAUUUUUUGGUGUUGCUGGUAAGAUGCGUGUCCCGUCACAGUUACUCAAUACAGAAUUAACAGAAAGACUCUUCUCCAUGGCACGUACUGUGGCUUUAGAUCUGGCAGCUAUGAAUAUUCAGAGAGGCAGAGAUCAUGGAAUUCCUCCCUACCAUGAUUUUAGAGUUUACUGUAAUCUUUCUUCAGCUCAGACUUUUGAAGAUCUGAAAAAUGAAAUUAAGAAUCCUGAAAUCAGGGAGAAACUUAGCAGGUUGUAUGGCUCCCCACUGAACAUAGACCUGUUUCCUGCUCUAAUGGUGGAAGACUUAGUUCCAGGGAGUCGGCUGGGGCCAACUUUGAUGUGUCUGUUAAGCACACAGUUCAGGCGUAUUCGGGAUGGAGACAGGUUGUGGUAUGAAAACCCAGGUGUCUUCACGCCCGCUCAGCUCAUUCAGAUCAAGCAGACAUCUCUUGCCAGAGUUUUGUGUGACAAUGGUGACAACAUAACCAGGGUACAACAUGAUGUCUUUAGGGUGGCUGAAUUCCCACAUGGAUAUAGUAGCUGUGAAGACAUUCCUAAACUGGACCUCAGGAUGUGGCAAGAUUGCUGUGAAGACUGUAGAACCAGAGGACAGUUUAAUGCAUUUUCAUAUCACUUUCGGGGGAGACGUUCUCUUGACUACAGCUUUCAGGAGGACAAGCCCCUGAAGAAAAUGAAAAUGACCAAAUCAGUAAGUUCUGUGAAACAGAGUAAAUAUUUUCGUAAUGCCACAUCCACUUCUAAUGAAAAUAGAAAUGUACCCGCAGUGAAUGACUUCAAAGAAUUUGUUUUGGAAAUGCAAAAAACUAUUUCAAGCCUCAGAAAUCAGAUAAAAAAACUUGAAUCACGCCUCAGUAAUUCUGAUUGCACUGAUGAAGAGGGUAAAUCAUAUUCCAGCAAUGAAACCUGGAAAAGGGACCCUUGUACUGUGUGUGAAUGCAAAGCUGGUCAGAUUACCUGUUUUGUAGAAUCAUGCCCACCAGCUGACUGCGAAGCACCUGUGAAGGGUAAAGGAGAUUGCUGUCCAGUCUGCUUACAACAAAAUACUAAUAAAAAGAAGCCAUAA